CCUAACUGUCAGCUGGACACGACACACGGGUUCAAUUACCCAAAGAGCACUGGGCUGAGGGAGAACCAAUUCAACAGACACAAAACAUCUGAGGACUGUGAUGCCACAACAUGACCAGUGGUGGCUGUGUAUUUGUCCUAUUUUCCCUCUUCCAUGUCUUGCUGAGUGUGGAAAUGACAGGCUUAUAUGGCAACUUCACCUCCCCCAACUUCCCCCAGCCAUACCCUGAUAACACGCACAUGGUGUGGAACAUCAGCGUCCCACAAGGCCACAGGGUCAAACUCUACUUCACCCACUUCAGCGUCGAACCCUCCAACCUGUGCGAGUAUGACUACAUUCAGGUUUUGGCGGAGGGAAACGAUACCGUGCGUUUCUGUGGAGAAGAAGCAAAGAACCAUGAAAGCACCCCGAGGAACACUGUCAUCCUGUCAGCCGGCAACCGCAUGUCAGUGGUCUUUAGGAGUGACUACUCUAACGAGGAGCGAUUCACCGGCUUCCAAGCGUUUUACACCUCAGAAGACGUCAACGAGUGUCGGUCCAGUGUGCACAAGGACAGAGUGUGCGACCAUUUUUGCCACAACUACAUCGGCGGGUAUUAUUGCACAUGCAGACCAGGAUACCUGCUCCAUCAGAACAAACGUUCUUGUACAGUACCAUGCCACAGCCAGGUGUUGAGAAACAUGUCAGGGAUUCUGACAAGUCCACUUUACCCGAGCCCAUACCCACCUAUGAGUCACUGCAACCACACCAUCCAUCUUCCAAAGGGCUACGAGAUAACUCUGGACUUCAAGGAGCCCUUUGACAUAGAGGGACACCCAGAUGUCCCAUGUCCAUACGAUAUGUUAAAGAUUUCGACAGCUGGACAAGAGUACGGACCGUUCUGCGGAUCGACAUCACCAGGGCGCAUCGAAACAAGAAGUAACCAAGUGAAGAUAACAUUUAGAUCUGACUUGAGUGGGAAAAACAAAGGAUGGAAGAUCAUGUACAACAGUACGAAUGCUGCAUACUUCCCUAUUACAUAGUCAUAUUACCAGUCUUACCAUCAUUUUUAUUUUACCAUAUUAUAUUCAAUAUAGGGUCAGAUAUUUCUGACAAUGUAAAAAUAAAACUCAAGAUGAAUCAUUCCAUAGCUUAUUCCACAGUGUAUCUGGAGAAGAAUGCAAAGAUACCUGUCAUUUUGUGACUCUAAAUUACAAUCUGAUGAUCAGAGAGACAUUUUGCUUUGAGAUUUAAUACAAACUGAUAUGAACCCAAAUGGUUAUAGUACUUUCUUCUAAAGACGUGAAUGUAUUUCAAGCCCAGAUGAAAUCAAUCCCACAAAUCAAUCAAUCAGAACAAAAGCAAGUCUAUGGAGCUGUGAAUGCUACUCCUUUAACCUUCAUACAUUAUGCAGACUCAUUUCUGCGCCACCUCAAAACAGUGGUUAUAGGGUGCUCCAGUACCAAGACAUUGCAUCUAAUUCGACACUUUUGCACUUCCUCACUAGCAUUUCAUCCGUCUCUGCCCAACAAGUGGGUCAAAGGUAUACACUUAAGCAUCCUGGUAUGAAAGAAAUGCUUGUGUUGAUUUAGUCAUUUCUUUUUUCUGCUUCAUUCCAAUUUCCCCCAUCAUUAACUAUCUAUCUAUCUAUCUAUCUAUCUAUCUAUCUAUCUAUCUAUCUAUCUAUCUAUCUAUCUAUCUAUCUAUCUAUCUAUCUAUCUAUCUAUCUAUCUAUCGAUACAACAUUAUUAUCAGUUUUCAUUAUGGGGAAAAACACUAUACUGACAUCAACAUUUUUGUGGCAGUAUCGAGACAAUUAUAUCGGUGGGCCGAGAUUAUCAGACAUCCCUAAUACCGAUAUAUAUAUAUAUA